UACCACCAGCAUCAGCAUCUGUAGCAGUAGCCGUAAAAGUUGUAGAAAGUUCCUUCUCCUCCUGCUCCUCCAGUAUAUCGCCAGUAAUAUUAUCAUCAGCUUCAGCUUCAAUAUCAGUAUCAGCAUCAUUAUCAUCAUCAGCUUCAUACGACUCAUUGCAUUGCAUCGUAUUACUUUAUUUGAAAGCUUCCCCCAGCUCGCUCCCCCUUUGGCGUCAUCAUUACAAAACUACACGUACACGUGUGAGUCCGUGUGUGUGCGUGCCUGCCUGCUUGCGUGAGUGAGUGAUACGAUUUAUUUCUCCAAUGUGUGCAUGUGUGUGCGUCUGUGCAUCCUGUGAUUAGUUUCGAAGCACUUGGCAUACCUCGCUUGUAAUUGUAAUCAUUACUUGAGUGUGGAUCCCCCACAUACACACACAGCCCCCCACAUUGACAUCCUCACUCACUACGCCACCCACAAAGAAAAGGAAGAGUAAAACGUUAAAGUAGUAAGAAAAAAAAAAAAAACAAACAAAAAAAAAAGGAAGCAAGCAAGGAAGAAGGAAGAAGAAAAAGUUUCUAAAAAGGAUAUCAUAAGAAAACAGCUAAAAUACAAUCGAGCCAUUUGCAAACGUUCGGCAGCAAAAUGCCCGAUACCAUUUCAGUCAUAGAUACCCGAAGAAUCAAUGGAGACAUGAAUCAUCAGGCAUCAACGUGUGGCAAGAUCCUGAUAUUCCUUUCGGUGUGUCUGGUCAUUUUGACGUUGCCCUUCAGUUUGUUUGUGUGUUUUAAGGUGGUCCAGGAAUAUGAACGUGCUGUUAUCUUUCGUUUAGGUCGUUUGAUGCAGGGCGGUGCCAAAGGACCAGGAAUAUUUUUCAUCCUGCCAUGUAUAGACUCAUAUGCCAGAGUGGAUUUACGUACAAGGACAUAUGAUGUGCCACCACAGGAGGUCUUAACAAAGGACAGUGUUACUGUGUCAGUGGAUGCCGUCGUCUAUUAUCGGGUUUCGAAUGCAACAGUCUCCAUAGCAAAUGUGGAAAAUGCACAUCAUUCGACAAGGCUGCUGGCGCAAACCACUCUGCGAAACACAAUGGGCACCCAACACUUGCACGAGAUUCUCAGUGAGCGUAUGACAAUUUCCGACACCAUGCAGGUACAAUUGGAUGAAGCUACCGACGCUUGGGGCAUUAAAGUGGAACGUGUUGAAAUCAAAGAUGUACGUCUACCCGUCCAAUUACAAAGAGCCAUGGCUGCCGAGGCAGAGGCAGCACGAGAGGCACGUGCCAAAGUCAUAGCCGCCGAGGGUGAACAGAAAGCCUCGAGAGCAUUAAGAGAAGCCUCCGAAGUUAUUGGCGAUUCACCGGCAGCAUUACAGCUACGUUAUUUACAGACAUUGAGUGCCAUUUCAGCCGAGAAGAACUCAACCAUCGUAUUCCCAUUGCCCAUUGAUCUGAUAACGUAUUUCCUCAAGUCGAACGAUGCUGAUACAAUAAAAACCGCCGCCAAUACAGCCCAGGCCAUUGCUGACCGCGAAGCCGUUCCCACACCCGUCAUAGUGCCAUCCACCGUAGCCGGGGCUGCAUCGAUGAUGGCGGGCAUGGGUCCCAUACCGACAACGAGCAGCAAUGUGAACAAUGUGAAUCAUGAAACCAAUGGCAUUGUUACUGCAGCUAUGUAAAAUUGCUUGCUCUGAGAAAAAAGGAAACAAAAUGAAUAUGAGAAUAGAUAGAGAGAGCGCGAGUUGUAGCAACAAAUAAAAAAGAAGCAAAAAACAAAAAAAAAAAAACAAAAAACGUUAGUGUCAGUCAGUGCAAAUAUUUUGAGAUGUACCCAAAUACAGAAACAACAACAAUAAAUACAAAUAAGAUGGCAUUUACUUAUGUAUACAGAUGAACAUAAAGCCCCCUUAUUCCCAUUCUCCAACCCCUCCCCCCACGAUCCCGUUCAAAAUACACAAACUAAGCAAAUUGAUUUCCCUCUCUCUCUCCCCAAUAAAAUGCAUGAUCCUCCCCCUUAAAUGAUGUUGAAAAGAGAAGAUUAAAUGAAAAUCCAGAAAAAGUAAAAGUAAUAAUAAUAAUAAUGAUGAUGAUGAAGAAAAUAAUAACAAGACCCCUCCAGAACUUACGAUUUCACAAAACAGGCAAUACAAGGAUUAAAAAAAAAACACAAAAAUAAAAUUAUUAAAAAAGAGGAACUUAAUCAAAGCUGUAAACAAUAACCGAUCACAAUCCAUCUCACUCUCAUUUACGAUUCGAACUCUAAUAAAUACACGAAAAAUUGUGUUCUUGUUCGCCACACAAGAUUAUUUUCAUGGCAUUAGAGUGAUCGAUUGUUACGUUUCAAUAUGACAUCAUCAAAAUAAGUUUUAUUAACCUUGUUUGUUGUAUCGAAUAGUUUUACUAUGAAUAAGUUUAAAAAGAUCGGCAUUUGUGUCACCAUGGGAAAACGCAACCAAAAUCCAAAUAGGUUGGCCACGCGAACCCUAAAAUUUGGGUUCAGCAUUAUACAAGCAGUAUGCCAGAUCCUUUAAAAUUCUGAGUCUCUUUGCAAUGUAUUCUACACCUAGCUGUCAAUUCUGUGCAGAAAGAUUCCAUUCCAUAUCAUGAUAGCUCGCUUUGAACGAAAAGAUAACCGACAUGCAUUGCUUUUAAUCAGUGCUACAAAUAUUAAAGGGAGGAAUACAAUAUUCUGUCAAAAUGUACCGGAAGAAGUCAAAUUUUAAUUAAAAUACAUAACUAAUGAUAUAGGCAGAUAGGUCUUUUGAGAAAUAUUGAUAAGGCCUUUGAACAUCAAUAAAGGGAGAAUAUCGUUGCAUGGGUCUGUAUCAAAACUUGGACUCAAUUUAAAGAUUUUUGGCGAUGGUUUUUAUAUACCCUCCACCAAAGUAUGGAGGGUAUAUUAAGUUUGUCAUUCCGUUUGUAACACCUCGAAAUAUUCAUUUUAGAACCCACAAACUAUAUAUAUUCUCGAUCAGCAUAAAAUUCUAUGUCGAUUUAGCGAUAUCCUUCCGUCUGCCCUUCUAUACGUCUAUGGAAAUCACUCUAGCUUCCGAACGAAAUGAAGUAGGUUGAUAGAAUUUUACUCCAAUAUGUAUUGUGUAUGCAGGACUUGUGGUAUUUAAAAUGGGUCAUGAAGGUCCACGUUUUGGUAUAGCCCCCAUAUACUGGUACCUCCCGUUAUUCGGUAUUUUGAUGAUUUUAGCGACAUUAUUCAUCAGAAUUCUUUCAAAUUUGGUAUUUGAUGUUUGAAAUGAAUACUGCAGCCUAAGACAGAAAAUUGUCUGUGCAGGUUAACGUCUUCGUAUAUUCCCCUUAUAAUUGUACCUUCCUUUUUCCGGCAUUUUGGUGAUUUCAGCGACCUUAUUUACCCGAAUUGUUUCCAAUUUGGUGUUUGAAUUUCGUAAUGGAUACUUCAGCCUAAGAAAGAAAAUUGUUCGUGCAGGUCCACAUCUUCGUAUAGCUACCAUAUAAUGGUACCUCCCGAUAUUCGGUAUUUUGAUGAUUUUAGCGACAUUAUUCACCGAUUUUUUUUCAAUUUUCGCAUUUGAAUAUUGUAAUGGCUUAUGACAAAAGUGGCCUAUGCAUGUCCAUACCCUAAUACAACUGCUUACCGAAUGAAGCAGUUAAGAUUAUAACAGAAUUUUUAUUCAACGUAAUUGUCUCAAAUUUGGCAUUUGAAGUUUGUUAUGAAUACUACAGCUUACGACAGAAAAUUGUCUGUGCAGGUCCACGUCUUCGUAUAGCACCAAUAUAACGGUACCUCCCUAUAUUCGGUAUUUUGAUGUUUUUAGCGACAUUAUUCACCGAUUUUUUUUCAAUUUUCGCAUUUGAAUAUUGUAAUGGCUUAUGACAAAAGUGGCCUAUGCAUGUCCAUACCCUAAUACAACUGCUUACCGAAUGAAGCAGUUAAGAUUAUAACAGAAUUUUUAACGGAUUUUUUUUAUACCCUACACCACAUAGUGGUAAGGGUAUUAUGUCUUUGUGCAUUUCUUUGUAACAAGCAAAAGGCAACGAGAUAGACCCAUAGUACCUUUUGAUGAUCUGCAUAGAAUAACAUUCUGAGUCGAUUUAUGCAUGUCCGUCCCUCCGUCCGUCUGUCCGUCUGUCCAUGUAUUUUUGUAAACAAAGUACAGUUCGCAUUUAUUGCCCUAUCCAGAUGAAAAUUUGCACAAAUCAUUUGUUUGGCCCAAGGACGAACCCUAUUGAAAUUGGAAACAAUCGGUCAAAAUUUAGAUAUAUCUCCCAUAUAUAUCUUCGUCCGAUUUGCCUUUUAUUGUGCACCAAACGUGUAAUAUCAUCCCGAAUAGUAUGGAAUUUUGCACAUACAAUCAAAUUAGGCCUGAAAAUAAGAAUGCCAAAUUUCAUCGAAAUCGGUUCAGAUAUGGCCAUAGCUACCAUAUAUAUUGUUCAUCCGAUUUGUUAUUUUAGUCCUCCGCAGCCGUAAUAUGCACUCUGUAACAACAAUAUUUGGGGAAAUAUAUCAAAUGCAGCUCAGAAAUACGUUUGCUAAAUUUUAUCGAGAUCGGUUCAGAUUUGGAUAUAGCUCCCAUUUAUAACUUCGUCCGAUUUACCUUUUAUUGUGCACCAAACGUCUAAUAUUUGCCCAAAUUGGAUGAAAUUUGGCACUUACGACCGAAUUGAGUCUAGAAGCUAGUAUGUCAAAUUUGGUGAAGAUCGGUUCAGAUAUAGCUAUAGCUCCCAUAUAUACUGUUCAUCCGAUUUGUCAUAUUUGUUACCCACAGCCGUAAUAUGCACUCCGUAACAACGAUAUUCAGAGAAAUAUACCAAAUACAGCUCAGAAAUAUCUUUGCCAAAUUUUAUCGAGAUCGGUUCCGAUUUGGAUAUAGCCCACAUAUAUAUUUUUAUCCGAUUUCAAAUUAAUUGUGCGCCAAAUGGGCAAUACAAGUCCGAAUUUAAAAGAUACAAAUGCUUCGGCAUAUUUAGUCCUUUGAACUUUAAACUAUAAUUAUAAUCAUAGCGUGUAUGAUUGAAUUCUCGCAUAAAAACUUUUAAUUGUUAUGUGGAGCUCUACUAAAUUAGCAAAGUGGUGUAGGGUAUCAUAAAGUCGGCCCCGCCCGACAUUAAGACUUUCUUUACUGGUUUGGUAUAUUAUAAUGGUUUUACUGUGCAGAAAGAUUCCAUAAAUUAGGUCGAUUUCCAUUCCAUAUCAUGACAGCUCGUUUUGGCCGAAAAGAUAACUGACAUACUCUUAAACGUAAUUUUUUGAUUUUGAUGCUAUAAAUAUUGAAGGGAGGAAUACAAUAUUCUGUCAAAAUGUACCGGAAGAAGUCAAAUUUUAAUUAAAAUACAUAACUAAUUAUAGGCAGGUAGGUCUACACAAAAUUUCAUUUUUCAAAUUUCAAACAAUUCCGUGAAAAAAUUGGCUACGAUCAUCAAAAUACCGAAUAUCGGGAGGAUAGGAGUUGACUUUUAUAGAAACUGUGCAAUAUAAACAGAUGAACCCUUUAUGGAAUAUCAAUACUGAAUUUUAAGCAAUUCCGUUAGAAAGUGUGAUUUAAAUCGUAAAAUACUGAAUAUCGGGAAGGCUCUUUAUAUGAGGGCUAUAGGACAAAGUGGAUCUAUAAUGACAGUUUUCUGGAUGUAGAAUCUAAUAUGAACUAAAAAUAUCGAAUUUUCGUUAUUCCUCUGAAAACUGAUCCUAAAAUCAUCAAAAUACCGAAUAUGGGAAGAUACAAAUAUAUGGGGACUAUAGGAAAACAUGGACGUAUAUGGACAAUAUUUUGUCGAUAGAUAGAUCAAAAUUUUAACUCUAAAUAUCAAAACUUAAACUAUUUCGCUUGCAAAUGUGACUUAAAUUGUCAAAAUUACGAACAACGGGAGGUACUGUUACAUGGAGGCUUCACGAAAAAGUGAAUCCAUAAAGACAAAGUUCUGCCACGGGAGGUAGAUCCCAAUAUAAACUCUAAAUACCGAAUUUUAAACUAUCACUUUAGAAAGUGUGGGAAAAAUCGUCAAAAUGCCGGAUAUGGGGAAGUACAACUAUAUGGGAGCUAUAGAUAAACGUUGACCAAGGUUAGGUAAGGUUAAAAGGAUUCAUGGUUGUGUAAACAACCACUCGACUCGGUGACCUAUUGGUCUAUUGUGUUCGUCCUAAUUUAGAGAAGAUGGAAGCUUAGAAUAAUAAAAGGGAAGUUAACGAAUAGUGAAGAAGCGUGAAUUUGAAGAUAGGACUAGAGAAGUUAGUAGGUUUGUAUCCACUGUGUAUUCAGCCAUUUUAGUCUUCUGGCUUAUUGAAGAAUGACUACUGGCUCGGUCGGGAGCACAAGUCGGUCAGAAUUUGCUUACCCACUCCGAUAAGAGUUGUGCAGUGGCAGAGUAAGUGCUCCACCGCCUCAAUUUCCUCCUCGUCUUGACAAAGCCUGCAGUAUUCAGCAUCGUCCCCCGCCCACCCUUAGAAGUCAUGGCAAUUAUGUUGUAGUGUCCUGUAAUUAGGCCCACCACAAGCGUCAUGUCCGACUUUGUCGGGGAAGUGAUCAGGGAUCAGAAUAUGAGUGACCUUGAUCUCCUUUGGAGACUUUACAUUCCCUCCCAAUUAGCCAGUUCGGUUGAAAAUUUCUAAGAUAAAGUUUAUGCAGUAUUUGGAAGAAGUGGCAGAUAGGUGGCUUCACUGAGCUCUCAAUUUCUAGAUCUACUGACCCAGAUCAGCGUCUGGUCAAUUCUAUAGCCGAUUCAUUGCCAGAUAUGUUGCAGUGUCCAGGGAUCUAACAGAGUUUGAGAGACGACUUACCUUUCCUGUAAAAUAUGGCUAUUCUUCGAACUUGAUCCGACUGCAGACAAAAUACCACUCUAUGCAAAAUGUUAUUUUCCUACCGCAUGCCGUUAGGACUCUAACGUGAUAACAACAGACGGACGGGCGGACAGACAGACCGACGGAAAAACAUUGCUAUAUCGACAUAGAAUCUUAUGCUGAUCAAGAAUAUAUACUUUGUUGAGUCGCAAAUGAUUAUUUCGAUGAGUUACAAAUAAAAUGACAAACUUAAUUUACCCUCCAUGCUAUGUAUGGUGAAAGGUAUUAAAAAGCUAUAUUUCAAGUUUC